AUUUCGUGCGGCGUUAGAUUAAUAAACAAUAAGUUCGCUUUAACAUGGAAAAGCAACGAGUUAUUAAACGUCGGGAUAAGAAGGAUAAGUCAAACCAAUCCAUCAAAAUUGUGGUCCGUCAUUUGCCACCGACAAUGACCGAAAAGGAGUUUUUGGAGCAAGUGGAUCCAUUGCCGGAAAACGAUUCCUACUACUAUUGCCCUGCCGACUGGUCCCUCGGACAAGAAGCCACAUGCCGUGCAUACAUUGAUAUGUCGCUUAAAGAUAUUGCCGAAGUUCUGCAGUUUCGCGACCGGUUUGAUGGAUAUGUUUUUGUCGAUUCAAAGGGCGCAGAAUACGUUGCCAUUGUGGAGUAUGCCCCGUUUCAAUGCUUUUUGAAGAACAAAGCGCGGAGUCACGACAACAAAGUGAACACUAUUGAAAAGGAACCGCACUUUCAAGAAUUCCUUCAAAAGUUAGCCGAGGAACGUGAGGAGGCAAGUCGUUUGGGGGAUAUAAAGAUUGAUUUCACGUUUGAAAAUCGAGGUGAUGAGAAGGUAAAGUCUACUCCGCUGCUUCAAUACUUGGCAAACAAAAAAGAAAAGCGUCGCGAAGAAGCGCGAAAGCGAAACGAAGAAAAACGAAAGCACCGUGAAGAGCAAAAAUUACUAAGGUCGACAGAACAACCGGAAAAUAUAAAAGUGAAGGAUACUGGAAAUGAAAAUAAAAAGUCUGUUAAUAGUAAUGCCAAAAAAGGAUUUAACAACAAAGAAGGUCAAUUGCCGGAAGAUACAGCGAAAAACGCACGUUCCAAGCGUCGGACUGAACGCGACCAACGUCGGCGCGAAGAACACGAACAGCGAAAGUUGGUGCGCGAUCGCGAAAACCGCGAUAAGAAAAAAAAUGACCGCCAUGACAAAGAUAUGAACCAAAAACCCUCAAAGCAUUCAAAUUCAAAGAAAGAUAUUGUCAUUUUAAAGAAGAAAUCUACAGCUGAUACCAAUUCAGUUGACCCAAACACAUGUGCAGCCUCAUCAGUAGAUGUGUCCAGCGAAAUGCUGGCAAAAACUGAUAAAAGCAAUGAGCCCGCAGAUAAAUGUUUAAAUUUGAAAGAAAUUGGUAAAUCGGUUCCAACCCCCUCAGAACUCAACAGCCCGUUAACUAGUGAAGAAAUUGGUAUGCCACAGGAUACAUGUAAAGCUUCUAAUUCACGUGCAGCAGAGGAACGUCGAAUAAGAAAUAAGGAUCGCCCAUCAAUUGCCAUAUACCAGCCCAAGGUUAGAAUCAAUUUACGAUCAGAAGAUAAUUCUCCAAGUGGUUGUAAAGACCCUGCUCGUGCAACAGAACCUCCAUUAUUAGCUUCCGAAGGCGAUAGUUUUGUGACGGACGAGACGCCCAAGAACAAAAGAUUUGGUAGACGCAACAAACACAAACUGCAGGACAAUAAAGACAAUUUUGAGCAUGCACGGCGUGAAUCAAAAUCAUCUGAAAGCAGCACAAGUGCCCAUUCUACAUUUAAAUAACUUAAUUAAAUGCCUUAAAUAUUAUUUCUAGUUAUGCGCUUACUGUUUUAUUAAU